CGAUGCUGCUACAGGACUACAAAGCGUUUGAAAAACUACACAACCCAGUGUGCUAGCACUUCCGGUGAGAGCUGCGUAACGUUAACAACUGAACUUGCAAGGUGGUCUCCUGCCACAACCUCUGAUGCUGUCCACUGUCCUCCGCUGUGCUCGGCCCAUUUCUACCAGUCUUGCCUUAAGCCGGCCUUUGGCCCACUUCAGACCACACAUGGACCCAGACCCGAGCCGGCCCAUUGAGAGGGCUAUCAGAACCAAACUGACCGACACACUCAAACCGGACCACUUAGAGGUACACAAUGAAAGCCACAUGCACGCUGUGCCCCCAGGCUCUGAAUCCCAUUUCCGUGUCCUGGUUGUCAGCUCCAAGUUUGAGGGUCUGCCAUUGAUAAAGCGCCACCGUCUGGUUAAUGAGGCUUUGAAGGAGGAGUUGAGUAGCUGUGUUCAUGCACUGGCUAUCCAGGCAAAGACUCCUGAGCAGUGGGGGAGUAACCCCACCCUGGCUAAGAGUCCACCCUGCAUGGGAGGCUCAAGGGGAGAUCACACAGUGGAGGAGAAACUGAAGGCCGGGCGAGAGUGAUGGGUUGGACCAUUAAGUAGUUGUACUUUUGCUGUUGGACUGAACUGUGAAGAAUGCAGGUGAAUGCUCUAGGAGAGGUAUAAUGAUGAAUGUUUCCUGUGUAAUUUUACAUAGCUGUGAUGGAGCUAUUUUUUUAUUUAUGCAUCCUUGGUUUAAUGUCAGGAUUCUGUUGCUGAUUUCAAUAAAAAAUGUGCUUCAUAGUAAAAUAUGAAUUGUAAACAUUGAA